UGUUGCUCUCUCUCUUCCGAUGUGAGUUUUUUUAGCGGUUGAGCAAUUUUUUUUUUUUGUAAAAUCGUAAGUUCUUACGUGAUAUGUGCAUGACUUUAUUUAAAAAGUAGGAUGCUCGUGUCACGAUGUGUUUCAAGCACGCGAAACGAUGAAGCUAUCAGUUGUACUUUUUUAUACGCGUAGCCGGCGUAGCUUAGUUGUUAGAGAUUGGAGAGUGGACUUUAACAGUUAGUUGAGGUUAGGAUAAGUUUAAAUGGCUUAUUGUGCGGUGCUGGUGUGUAGAGUUGGAAAUAACAACGAAUUUUUUUGAAAAUUGUGAUGAAAAGCAUUUGUAAGGCGUGUAUUGUUGUUGGUGCGGACUAAGUAUUCAGAAAAAUGGAUCCAAGUGAGGUGGAGUUCCUGGGUGAAAAGAAACUCGUCAGUAUUGUUCCAAAUUUUAGCUUUGGUAUCAUUCACCUUAUCUCUGGGUCCUUUGGACCUUUCAGAGCUGGUCUGCCCGUUAAAGUUCCUAUCUGGCUUGCUUUGAAUCUCAAGCAACAACAAAAAUGUAGGAUCAUUGCUCAAGAGUGGAUGGACACUGAAUUGCUGGCUGAGGUCAUUGAAAAUGAAAAAGCUGAAAAACUUUUCACCAGAAUGCCAAGCAACCACUUUAUGGAUGAAGCACAAAUGCUCCUCAAUGCUGCUGCCGAUGAUAUUCCUGAAGCUGAUAAGAUUAGAACUGCUGUGAAGGACAUUUGGGACUUGAGAAUGUCCAAGCUACGCAGUUCUGUCAUAAAAUUUGUUGAAAGUGAGAGCAUGUAUGCUAAACUGGAUCACCUGACUGCCAUGGAAAUAAAUAGUAUAAGAUCUUUACUGCCAAACGCUCUGGAUGUAAUGCAUCGUAUGGAAGAAGCAACAAAACCACCAAAAACAUCGACUCAGAGUCAUGAUACAACUAUAGUCUAACGAAAUAACGACCUGUAGAUAAUAAUAUAGUAUG